GCUAGAGACGCACACAGGGAGUUUUGAGAUAUAUGCUCCCUUUCUUCCUUGCUCUUCUCCACAGGAUGGAACAGAGAAAGCUCUGGCCUCGGACAUGGGACUCCGAUGGCUGGUCAGUGGCCUUGGUGUUUCUUUUCUUAGUCUUUUCACAGAAUAUCAACAGCACUCCUGUCUAUAAUACAUUUCAUCCUGAGAACCGUGACUGGACUUUCAAUCACUUGACAGUGCAUGAGACCACUGGGGCAGUCUAUGUAGGAGCCAUCAAUCGGGUUUACAAGCUGUCUGGAAACUUGACUGUCUUGGUAGAUCACAAGACAGGACCUGAGGAGGACAACAAGUCCUGCUACCCACCACUUAUUGUACAACCCUGUACUGAGAUCUUGACUCUGACAAACAACGUUAACAAACUGCUGAUCAUUGAUUAUUCAGAAAACAGGCUGCUGGCCUGUGGGAGUCUCUAUCAAGGAGUCUGCAAAUUGCUGCGCCUGGAUGACCUCUUCAUCUUGGUGGAGCCAUCUCACAAGAAAGAACACUAUCUUUCCAGCGUUAACAAGACUGGCACCAUGUAUGGAGUUAUAGUUCGUUCUGAGGGAGAGGAUGGGAAGCUGUUCAUUGGCACAGCAGUGGAUGGUAAGCAGGAUUACUUUCCCACUCUCUCCAGCCGGAAGCUGCCACGUGACCCAGAAUCCUCAGCGAUGUUGGAUUAUGAGCUCCACAGUGAUUUUGUGUCAUCCCUAAUCAAAAUCCCUUCAGAUACACUGGCCUUGGUCUCUCACUUUGACAUCUUCUAUAUCUAUGGAUUUGCCAGUGGAAAUUUUGUCUAUUUUCUGACUGUCCAGCCAGAGACUCCUGAAGGCGUGUCUAUCAAUUCAGCUAAUGACCUUUUCUACACAUCUCGGAUUGUGCGUCUCUGCAAGGAUGACCCUAAGUUCCACUCUUAUGUUUCUCUGCCCUUUGGUUGUGUCAAAGGUGAUGUGGAAUACCGUCUACUACAGGCAGCUUAUCUUUCUAAGCCAGGGGAGGUGCUUGCCAGAUCCCUGAAUAUCACUGCCCAGGACGACGUCCUUCUUGCCAUUUUUUCCAAAGGACAAAAGCAAUAUCACCACCCCCCUGAUGAUUCUGCUCUUUGCAUCUUUCCCAUCCGUACUAUCAAUGCCCAGAUUAAGGAACGGCUACAAUCUUGCUACCAAGGGGAAGGCAACUUGGAACUCAACUGGCUGCUAGGGAAAGAUGUUCAAUGUACCAAGGCGCCAGUUCCAAUAGAUGACAACUUCUGUGGAUUGGACAUUAAUCAGCCACUGGGAGGCUCCAUACCAGUAGAGGGAGUGACCCUUUACACAUCCAGUCGUGAUCGGAUGACUUCUGUUACAUCGUAUGUCUACAAUGGCUAUAGUGUGGUGUUUGUGGGUACCAAGAGUGGCAAAUUAAAGAAGAUCCGAGCAGAUGGGCCUCCUCAUGGUGGUAUUCAGUAUGAAAUGGUGCCAAUUUUCAAGGAUGGGAGUCAUAUCCUCCGUGACAUGGCCUUUUCUACAGAUCAUAAUUACCUCUAUGUCAUGUCAGAAAGACAGACUUAUUCAAAUAGUUGGAAAGGAUUUCAUGAUAACAACUAAAAUUUCCAGAUUUGCAAAAUCCAGGUAAGGUACAAGCAAUUUUUA